UCAUCUGGUGUAUGAAAUCCGCCUGUAGCAUUAAACCUGUCCUGGAUUCUCACUAGAAGGCAGCACUGUGAUUUUAACACAGGUAUCUUACGGCUUUUAUUGUAACAGUCGCGUCAAAGAAUGCCCGUCGACAGCGCGUCACCUCGUCAAACAUGUCUGUCGGUAUGUGCAGGUCUCUACCAUGAGCGUCUGACGCGCUCAGGAAGCGUUUGACCAUAGCGUUCCGCGACGCGCUCAACGCGACUGCGGAUGCUAAACACUCUCUCGGGCGUCAUAGAGGAAUGAGUAUCCACAAUCCAGUGGUUAACAUUAAAUAAAGGCCUCUGGAGUUAUCGACUGCUGGAGCCUGAUUUGAUGCGUCGCUGUGGUCCGGGGUUCACAUUGAUUUGUGAUGGACGAGAUGAAGAGGACAGUGCUCUCUCUCUCUCUCCCCUGUGUUUGUGACCCGUCAGCACAGUGACUUCCACACAUGCCAUAGAUGUCCUCCCCUUAGCUCACUGAGCUAACUUUAUUUCUCCUCAUCACCCCUGUUAUCCUUCCACUCUUCCCUCUCUCAUGCCUCUUGCUCUGUCUUUACUCUGUCUCUCUUCUCUUACCUGUACCUUGUUCAUCCUCUUUAAUUUUCCCGUCCUCCCUUCUUCUGCCACUCCUGCUCUUUGUUGGAUGGCAUAAUGGUGUGCUGUGGUCGAGUGCUGGAUUCACCCUGCACUCUGGCUCUGUUGGUGGGCUUCCAGUUUGCGUUUGUCCUUUACUUCUCCCUGGGAGGCUUUCGUGGCCUAGUGUCUGUAUUGGUUCAUUCGUCUGAGCCUGAGAUCGACUACUCUCGACCGCAUGAUGUCUACACUAACCUCACCUCUCUGCUGCUCCACCAUCCAGGACCCGGUGGACCAGAACAGCAGCUCGGGGACUGUGUGCUGCCUUCUCCACUGCUGGUGGGUCCUGUUUCUGUCCACCUCUCCUCACCCCCUUCCCUGGAGAAGAUAAAAGAGAAGAACCCCUUGGUGACCUUAGGGGGUCAUUACCGCCCGCCAGACUGUGAGCCACGGCACCACACAGCCAUCGUGAUCCCCUACCGGAACCGGCAGACCCACCUCCGCGCCCUCCUCUACCAUCUGCACCCCUUUUUGCAGAGGCAGCAGGUCCACUACGGCAUUUACAUUGUGCACCAGUCAGGGAACUCCACCUUUAACCGAGCGAAGUUGCUGAAUGUUGGAGUGCGGGAGGCACUGAAAGAGGAGAACUGGAGCUGUAUUUUCCUGCAUGACGUCGAUCUGCUGCCUGAGAAUGACCACAACACCUACACCUGCCACCCCCAGUACCCUACACACCUCUCUGUAGCUAUGGACAAGUUCAGAUACAGGCUUCCAUACUCCCAAUACUUCGGAGGGGUGUCUGCUGUAACUCCAGAGCAGUACCUCAAGAUGAAUGGCUUUCCCAACCAGUAUUGGGGCUGGGGAGGAGAGGAUGAUGACAUCGCAGCUCGAGUCCGUCUCUCUGGGAUGAAGAUAAUGCGCCCGCCUUUGGCCAUUGGUCAUUAUAAGAUGAUCAAACAUAAAGGAGAUCAGGGUAAUGAGCAGAACCCGAGAAGGUUUGACUUGCUGAAGCGCACAAGGCUGAACUGGCGCUCAGAUGGACUGAACUCACUGACUUAUGAGCUCCUGUCCAAAGAGUUGGAGCCAUUGUACACUAAUUUGUCUGUCAACAUUGGGGAUGAUCCACACCAUAACCCUAUGAAGGCUCUACCUUGGAAGUCAAAGCCUCAACCCGUUCCAACCAAUAAAACGAAGACUGAAAAAGUGCGUGUGGUGAGCAAUCAUAAUGCUACAAAAGUGGAGCUCACCCACUUGAAUGCCAGUAAUGUAAGUUCAAAUGUUGGUCAAAAAGCUCCUUUGAACCAGGAGGUGGGAUGAUUCUGAUAAUCAAGUAUCCACAGAAAAUCCACAGGGUGAGUUAUUGAUGGAUAGUGGAGGAAAUACCAGUUUGCUCUUUGUUUUAUACCAUAAAGCAUUGCUACUCUAGGCAAAUAAUUUAAUUCCACUGAAAGUUGACUGAAACGGUUUGGCCGCCUCUGAAUGUUGUUCAGCUGCUGAUAUGGUGACAUUUGCACAAGUCUGGAAUCAUAUGCUGAAGAUCUCGUUUUGCUGUAGGAGUCAUAUCAGAGUGGGCCGAGCUGUAAACCCUCUCGAAAGUGACCAGUCGAUGUACCUGUGCAAGUCCUGUGUGUUUUUGAGCCGAUGUGCUGCCAGCUGCUGCUCUUCACCCCACUGUGUGGGUCUGUUUUUCUGUGCCUUUUCUUGCCAUUGAUCCAGUCUCUUAUCAACAUGCCAUGACUCAAUCAAAAAACAUUAUUACUGCACACCACUGUUAUUAAUACUACAGUUGAAUGCUCAUUCCACGUUUAUCUAUUUUCUCUUCUUUUAAUAUCAGCACACACUGCUUUGUGAUCUAGAGCUUGAGCAGACAUGUCACUGUGGUCUAUUUUUGGUCUUACUGUACAAACUUAGAAAGGUGUGCUCUUUCUCUUUUAGCUGCUCAAGAUACCUAUUAAUAGUUUUAUGAUAUUGUGUAAAAGAUAAUUAUUUUAGGUAUUGUGUGGUGCCUUUGUUGGAUUCCAUUUUGGUUGUAGACAAUCACUGGGAUAAGCAUAUAAAAUUACCAAAUUAUGUAGAAUCUUUUCCCACUUCUAUUUGGUAAAUAGAUUUGAUGGUUUAGGUUGAAGUGUGACUUAAGUCUAAGACGUUAGUUGUUAUUUUAAGAGUUUAUAAACAUUAAACAGGUAAUGGUUUAUGGUUCGUUAUAUAGAAAGAAUGCAUUUUAUUUGUUAGUCAAAAAUAUUGGUUGUAUCACCAUCAUGGCACUUUUACAGCAUGUAAAUAACUGCACUCUGUAUUAAACACAGUCCUAGAGUGUAAGGUACAUUUAAAGAACAAAGAUAUUAGUGAAAUACAUUUAUCUUUUGAAAUAAAAACUGCAUUGCACAUUAAAUUAGCAGGUUCACUUACAUUUUUCAAAAAAAGAUCUUAUUAUUUGCUGUAAAUGAUAGUCUGAGGGUGAUCAUUGAGAAUGUGACAUGGUGCAUAUUUCAAAUUUCAUUUCAAAGAGGUUGUUUAAAUGAUGUAUUCUGGUUUUGAUACGCAAUUCUUAGUGCGCCAGCCAAAAAAAAAACAUGUUUUACUUCAUGCCAUUGUAUUAAAACUACUAAAAGUGUAUUUGCAAGACCCUUGUAUACUUAUAUAUAUACAUUAAAGUACAUAGUUUAUUAGAUACAGUAUUUGGCAUUAGUUUUAAAUUUCUUGAAGGCCUAAUUGUCUCUUACUUGAGAACAUCAUAUCUGAUCUUAAGAUCUUAACUGUUUUAGACGUGACAUGCUCUGGAAAAGUAGUACGAUUUUUAGUAUGGUUCUUUUUGUCAAGGGGGGGUCAUGUCAUUUUUGGUCAAACAUUUUGUUGAUUUAAAUGUAUAUUCGAAUGUCUUCUCUUCUGGCUAUGAUGACUGUUGGUUUAUACAAACCCGAUUCUAAAAAAGUUGGAACACUGUACAAAUUGUGAAUAAAAACAGAAUGCAAUGAUGUAGAAGUUUCCAAUUUCUAAAUUUAUUCAGAAUACAACAUAGAUGACAUGUUUAAACAGAGAAAAUAUAUCAUUUUAAGGGAAAAAUAAGCUGCUUUUAAAUUUCAUGGCAUCAACACAUCUCAAAAAAGUUGGGACAAGGCCAUGUUUACCACUUUGUGGCAUCCCCUCUUCUUUUUAUAACAGUAUGCAAUCGUCUGGGGACUGACGAGACAAGUUGCUCAAGUUUAGGAAUAGAAAUGUUGUCCCAUUCUUGUCUAAUACAGGCUUUAGUUCCUCAACUGACUUAGGUCUUAUUUGUCGCAUCUUCCUCAUUAUGAUCUGCCAAAUGUUUUCUAUGGGUGAAAGAUCUGGACUGCAGGCUGGCCAUUUCAGUACCCAUAUCCUUCUUCUAUGCAGUCAUGGUGUUGUAAUUGAUGCAGUAUGUAGUUUGGUAUUAUCAUGUUGGAAAAUGCAAGGUCUUCCCUGAAAGAGACGAUGUCUGGAUGGGAGCAUAUGUUGUUCUAAAACUUUGAUAUACCUUUCAGCGUUGAUGGUGCCUUUCCAGAUGUGUAAGCUGCCCACGCCACUCAUGCAACCCCAUACCAUCAGAGACGCAUGCUUCUGAACUGAGCGCUGAUAACAACUUGGGUUUUCCUUGUCCUCUUUAGUACGGAUGACAUGUCAUCCCAGUUUUCCAAAAAGAACUUCAAAUUUUGAUUAGUCCUGCCACAGAACAGUUUUCCACUUUGCCACAGUCCAUUUUAAAUGAGAAAACGCCUGCGCUUCUGGAUCAUGUUUAGAUAUGGCUUCCUUUUUGACCUAUAGAGUUUUAGCCAGUAACAGCGAAUGGCACGGUGGAUUGUGUUCACCGACAAUGUUUUCUGGAAGUAUUCCUGAGCCCAUGUUGUGAUUUCCAUUACAGUAGUAUUCCUGUAUGUGAUGCAGUGCAGUCUAAGAUCCGAAGAUCACAGGCAUCCAGUAUGGUUUUCCAGCCUUGACCUUUACACACAGAGAUUGUUCCAGAUUCUCUGAAUCUUUGGAUUAUAUUAUGCACUGUAGAUGAUGAUAACUUCAAACUCUUUGCAAUUUUUCUAUGAGAAACUCCUUUCUGAUAUUGCUCCACUAUUUUUCGCUGCAGCAUUGGGGAAUUGGUGAUCCUCUGCCCAUCUUGACUUCUGAUAGACACUGCCACUCUGAGAGUCUCUUUUUAUACCCAAUCAUGUUACCAGUUGAUCUAAUUAGUUGCAAAUUGGUCCUCCAGCUGUUCCUUAUAUGUACUUUUAACUUUUCCGGCCUCUUAUUGCUUCCUGCCCCAACUUUUUUGUAAUGUGUAGCUCUCAGGAGCCAAUAUUAGGUAUGACAUUUCAAAAUGUCUCCCUUUCAACAUUUGAUAUGUUAUCUAUAUUCUAUUGUGAAUAAAAUAUAAGUUUAUAAGAUUUGUAAAUUGUUCCAUUCCUUUUUUACUCACAAUUUGUACAGUGUCCCAACUUUUUUGGAAUCGGGUUUGUAUGUGUAUAUAUAUAUAUAUAUAUAUAAUGGAGACUCUGAAGCUGCAUUUCCACCUGUGUCUGAGUUAUAUUGAAGUUUGCCACAGAUAUUACUAUUGAUCGGUUAUCUUGUGAAUAAACAUCGACAACAUUGUCCAACUGUGA